AUGAAAAAGAUUGCCGCAUUACUAUUAGCCGGCGUUUGCUUGUCCGUGGCCAGACCAGAAGGCAUCUAUAAUUAUGCGUACGGUGUAAACGACCCGAACACUGGCGACCAAAAGGAUCAGCAAGAAACGAAAAUCGGCGAAGCCGUCAAAGGAUUUUACCGCGUGCUGGACGCAGACGGUCAGAUGCGCAUCGUCAACUACUUGAGCGACCUAAACGGAUUCCAAGCCAAUGUCGUACGGUCGCCGGUAACCACGGGAGGUCACGGUUUGCCCGUCCUGGAGAAAUCCGCUCAAAUCGUCGACAGCUUGCCAAACCUGGCCACCGGUUUGCACGGCUCCGGUAUUGCAGGCAUCCCGGUAUCCAGAAUGGUCAAGUUCAACGGUCCCCUCGUCAGCCAGGUCCUAUCCCCUUCGGCGGAGAUGCCCUUGGGAUAUUCGUACGUCCAGGAACACCCGGUCUUGAAGAAAUGGUAA